CUGAACUCAACAUCUUCUCUUAAUUAAUUCUAUUCUAUUCUUCUGAGAUCACUGUUAAUUAAUGGCGUCCCUUGCUUCCCGCUUGCAACACUCUGUCACUCCCAAUGCCCUCAGAUCCUAUCUCGCCGAGUUUCUCUCCACUUUCUUUUUCGUCUUCGCCGCUGCUGGCGCUGCCAUGUCCACAAGGAAAAUGGUGCCUGAUGCGACAUCAGAUCCAUCUAGCCUAGUGGCAAUUGCAGUUGCAAAUGCAUUUGCAUUGUCCGUCGCAGUGUAUAUAUCAGCCAAUAUCUCUGGCGGACACGUGAAUCCGGCUGUCACGUUUGGAAUGGCUGUAGGAGGCCAUAUAAGUAUUCCCAUGUCUAUAUUCUACUGGAUUUCUCAAAUGAUUGGUUCUGUCACCGCUUGCCUUCUUCUCAAAUUCACUAACCAGCAAGUUCCAACACAUGGAAUUCCUCAAGAGAUGACUGGUUUUGGAGCAGCAGUACUCGAAGGCGUGAUGACAUUUGGUCUAGUGUACACAGUUUAUGCAGCUGCAGAUCCUAGGAGGUGCGUCCACGCUGCUAUUGGGCCAUUGGCAAUUGGCCUUAUGGUGGGAGCGAACGUCAUGGCUUCGGGACCAUUUACUGGGGGAUCAAUGAACCCUGCUUACUCAUUUGGCUCUGCUGUUGUCAAAGGGAGCUUCAAGAAUCAAGCAGUGUACUGGAUUGGACCUUUCAUUGGUGCAGCCAUAGCAGGACUUGUGUAUGAUAAUGUGGUCUUCCCUGUACAAGUGACCGAGUCUUUGAGGGGAAUAGGUGGUGGGAUUGUUGCUGUUUAA